AUGCCAGUAGAUUACGGUACCGAUUCUACCAUUCUAUUGUGUUCAGAAGCCAUCGAACGAGCUAUCAUCGCCCUACGCUCGAACUCGUCCGUCUCGCUAGGAAUGUACUCACAACAAGAGCCUUUCCCAUGUGUUUCUUUCGAUACUUUCAACAUCACCUACUUCCUCGCAUUGUUCGUGAUUUUGUCUUUCAUCAUACCGGCUGCCUUACUGGUAAAGAACAUCGUACAUGAGAAGGAGCUUAGGCUUAAGGAGCAAAUGAGGAUUAUGGGAUUAGGCGACAUGGUACAUCUAUGGUCAUGGGCAUUCAUUUCUCUGGUCCUGAACGUAACGAGCACCUUUGCUAUAACAUUGAUUAUAAAGUUCGGAAACCUCCUCAAUGCUGAUUUCUGGUUGGUUUUCGUCUUUCUCUCCCUAUUCGCCAUAUCCUCCAUCGCACUUUGUCUGCUGCUGUCGACUUUCUUCUCUAAUGCCAACAUAUCAACAGCGGCUACCUGUCUCAUCUACUUCCUCUUCUUCUUUCCAUAUCAGCUGAGCGUACGUGCCAGAAGCAAGAGUUUUACAAGGUUUACGCUAAUUUUUCCUCAAACAACACUUGGAUAUGGUGUUGCAAUGUUAGCUCUAUUCGCUCAAGUAGGUCAAGCUAACUGGUCUGAUUUGCGGCAGAUUUACCUGGAUGCAUAUGGCGUCGGACUGAUUGAAUGUAUGGUGGCCUUUGCUCUACAGGCAGUAUCUUUUAUAAUUCUGGCAUGGUACAAAAGUGCCGUCUCACCUGGUAAGUACAUAUUGGAACGAAUUUCUAUAUUUUUGUCCAUAAAAUCCAAAAAAACCAUCUUUCACAUUUUUGAUAUUUCCUUCUACCUUUAUAACAACGUUGCACUUUUCCUAAGUCCCACUAUGUAUCUUUGA